CACCUCCCUCCUCUCUCAGUUCCCCCAGCUAUAGCGAGGAAGGGACGCUGAUUCAGGCGUUGGGUCUUUACGCUAACAACAGACCUGGUUGAAUGUGUCGGACCCCCCCACCCUCCCAGUCCAAGCCCCUGUCCCACCCACCGCUCUGCAACACCAGUCCUCAUUUGGGGCUGCUGGAUCUGCUCUUAAGCGCCUUCACUCCUUUGCUUUCAUUGCAGGAGAGAGAGGGUGAUCUUAUUUUUCCCUUUUAACGGAUUGAUUUCCGACUGAAUGUGGAGCUGGGCUGUUUUCUGUCAUCGGGGCUGCCGCUGCAGGACCGGAGCUGGUGCGAAUGUAAACACAAAUUAAAAACACUCUUUUGAACGUCGGAACAAAGGGAGGUUGAAGAUCUUUUUUCUCGCCACCGGUCUGUCAAUCAUUUCUCCCACUGCAGCUGUCAAGUUGGAGCCCUGCUGGGAAAUGGACAAACCCCUCUAAAGUGAAGACUGCCGCACUGACACGAGCGCGCACGGGACGUGAUUUGGACGGGGAUCCCAUUGUGACGCGUGAAGCCAGAGGAACAUGAGGAGCAAGCACAUCCAGGUCAGGAGUUAACCUCAGCGUUCGUCUCCUCCACCUGCCUCCUGUGAGAACUACACUACACAGAAUUCCAGUGAACUGACGACCCAGUCUGACAGUUAGAUCGGUUUAACAAAGACACUCAGAGGAACAACAGCAACAACACUAACACUGCUGGGAAGAGGACAGACAUGGCCAACAACACGGCAGACCACCCUCCGGGGAAUUCGGUUGCUGAGGGCAACCAUGAUGGGGACUUUGGGGUGACCACGAUGGAGCUGAGGGACCUGAUGGAGCUGAGGAGCGCCGAGGCUGUCAGCAAGAUACGGGACACGUUUGGAGACGUGCAGGGCAUCUGCCGCCGUCUGAAAACAUCACCUAUAGAAGGUCUGUCCGGUAACCCUGUCGACCUGGAGAAACGUCACGCAGCAUUUGGACAGAACUUCAUUCCCCCUAAGAAACCCAAGACAUUUCUGCAGCUGGUGUGGGAGGCUCUGCAGGACGUUACGCUUAUAAUCCUGGAAGUUGCUGCAAUCAUCUCUCUGGGCUUGUCCUUCUACCAUCCACCAGGAGGUGACAGUGAAGCAUGCGGCCAGGUUUCAGGUGGCGCCGAGGACGAGGGCGAGUCCCAGGCUGGCUGGAUUGAGGGCGCUGCCAUCCUGUUCUCAGUCAUCAUUGUGGUCCUGGUGACAGCCUUUAAUGAUUGGUCCAAAGAGAAGCAGUUCCGCGGGCUGCAGAGUCGCAUCGAGCAGGAGCAAAAGUUCACGGUCAUCCGCAAAGGCCAGGUUAUCCAGAUCCCUGUGGCCGAGAUUGUGGUGGGGGAUAUUGCUCAGAUCAAAUACGGAGACUUGCUGCCUGCUGACGGGAUCCUGAUCCAAGGCAACGACCUGAAGAUUGAUGAGAGCUCUCUGACUGGAGAAUCUGAUCACGUCCGCAAGUCUCUGGAGAAAGACCCCAUGCUGCUGUCUGGAACCCAUGUGAUGGAGGGAUCAGGCAGAAUGGUGGUAUCCGCCGUUGGCCUCAACUCUCAAACCGGCAUCAUCUUUACUCUGCUGGGCGCCAGUGAGAACGACGAGGAGAAGAAGGUCAAGAAAAGUAAAAAACAAGGACCCCCCGAAAAUCGCAACAAAGCCAAGACCCAGGAUGGCAUCGCCCUGGAGAUCCAGCCACUGAAGAGCGAGGAGGCCGCCGAGUCAGAGGAGAAGGAGGAGAAAGAGGAGGCCAAACCAGUGAAGAAGGUCAAUGUGACCAAGAAGGAGAAGUCAGUGCUGCAGGGCAAACUGACCAGACUUGCUGUGCAGAUCGGGAAGGCUGGUCUGAUCAUGUCGGCCGUGACCGUCAUCAUCCUCAUCCUUUAUUUUGUGAUCGACACCUUCGGGAUCCAGGGUCGGCCCUGGUUGGCCGAGUGCACCCCCAUCUACAUCCAGUACUUUGUCAAGUUCUUUAUCAUCGGUGUGACUGUGCUGGUGGUGGCUGUUCCUGAGGGGCUGCCACUCGCCGUCACCAUCUCUCUGGCCUACUCUGUUAAGAAAAUGAUGAAGGACAAUAACCUGGUGCGUCACCUGGAUGCCUGCGAGACCAUGGGCAACGCCACGGCCAUCUGCUCAGACAAGACUGGCACGCUGACCAUGAACCGGAUGACAGUGGUACAAGCAUACAUCGGUGACACACACUACAAGACUGUACCUGAACCGGACAUCAUCAAACCUGAGACUCUGGAAAUGAUGGUCAACAGCAUCUCCAUCAACUCUGCGUACACCACCAAGAUCCUGCCUCCAGAGAAAGAAGGUGGUCUGCCCCGCCAUGUGGGCAACAAGACCGAGUGCGCUCUGCUGGGCCUAGUGCUGGAACUGAAGAGAGACUACCAGCCAAUCAGAGACGAGAUCCCCGAAGAGAAACUCUAUAAGGUUUACACCUUCAACUCCUCCCGCAAGUCCAUGAGCACGGUCCUGAAGAACGCUGAUGGAGGCUUCUGCAUGUAUAGCAAAGGAGCGUCAGAGAUCAUCCUGAGGAAAUGCUCUCGUAUUCUGGACGCUCAGGGCCAGCCUCGCGUCUUCAAGCCAAAGGACCGUGAAGAGAUGGUGCGUAAGGUCAUUGAGCCGAUGGCGUGCGACGGGUUGAGGACCAUCUGUGUGGCUUACAAGGACUUUCCUGCCGAGGCCGGAGAGCCGGACUGGGACAGUGAGAACGAUAUCCUGAACGAACUCACCUGCAUCGCAGUAGUUGGCAUCGAGGACCCCGUCAGACCUGAGGUACCUGAGGCUAUUUCUAAAUGCCAGCGUGCAGGCAUCACUGUGCGGAUGGUUACUGGAGACAACAUCAACACCGCCCGUGCCAUCGCAACAAAGUGUGGCAUCCUGCUGCCCGGGGAGGACUUCCUGUGCCUGGAGGGAAAAGAAUUCAACCAGCAGAUCAGAAAUGACAAGGGAGAGGUGGAGCAAGAGCGUCUGGACAAAGUUUGGCCCAAGCUGCGUGUUCUGGCUCGCUCCUCACCGACAGACAAACACACUCUGGUCAAAGGCAUCAUCGACAGCACGGUGGGAGAAACCCGACAGGUGGUGGCAGUGACGGGAGAUGGCACCAACGACGGCCCCGCCCUCAAGAAAGCUGAUGUUGGCUUUGCCAUGGGAAUCGCUGGCACAGAUGUGGCAAAGGAGGCAUCUGACAUCAUCCUGACUGAUGACAACUUCACCAGCAUUGUCAAAGCCGUCAUGUGGGGGAGGAACGUGUACGACAGCAUCUCCAAGUUCCUACAGUUCCAGCUGACCGUCAAUGUGGUGGCCGUGAUCGUGGCGUUCACCGGCGCCUGCAUCACACAGGACUCUCCUCUGAAGGCUGUCCAGAUGCUCUGGGUGAACCUGAUCAUGGACACUCUGGCGUCUCUCGCUCUGGCCACCGAGCCACCCACUGAGUCUCUGCUGCUACGUAAACCUUACGGCCGCAACAAGCCCCUCAUCUCCAGGACCAUGAUGAAGAACAUCCUGGGUCACGCUGUGUACCAGCUUGUCAUCAUCUUCACUCUGCUCUUUGCUGGCGAGAAGUUUUUUGACAUUGACAGCGGUCGCAACGCCCCCCUGCACGCGCCACCAUCUGAGCACUACACCAUCGUGUUCAACGUGUUUGUCAUGAUGCAGCUGUUCAACGAAGUCAACGCCAGGAAGAUCCAUGGAGAGAGGAACGUAUUCGAGGGCAUCUACAGGAAUCCCAUCUUUUGCAGCGUCGUCCUGGGGACCUUCAUCUUGCAGAUCAUCAUUGUUCAGCUCGGAGGGAAGCCGUUUUCCUGCACGGCAUUGACCAUCGACCAGUGGCUGUGGUGCGUGUUCAUCGGUGUUGGAGAGCUGCUGUGGGGACAGCUGAUCACAGCUGUCCCGACCCACCGCCUGAGGUUCCUGAGAGAAGCAGGUCACGGCACAACAAAGGAGGAGAUCCACGAGGAGGAGAUGACAGAGGGUGUCGACGAGAUUGACCACGCCGAGAUGGAGCUGAGGAGAGGCCAGAUCCUCUGGUUCAGAGGUCUGAACCGCAUCCAGACACAGAUUAAGGUGGUGAAUGCGUUCCGUAGCUCCCUGUACGAGGGGCUGGAGAGCCCAGUGUCCCGCAACUCCAUCCACAACUUCAUGGCCCAUCCUGAAUUUCUCCCCAUGUCCGAGGAGGAGGCUCGCAUACCCCCCAUCAGCGAGACCGGAGAAGAGAUUGAAACCCUCCCCAGCGCCUCCCCUGGGGCGAGGGGAGGAGGAGAGCCACCCAUCGCCUUCCACAACAGCCACGAGUUAUCCAUCUGAGCUCCUCCUCCUCCUCCUCCUCCCUCCUCUACAUCAUCACCAUGUCAUCCCACCAACCGAACUGCUGAGGAGGGAAGUCAUUCCCUCAUUCUGCACGCACACAUGCUUUGCAUUGUCUUCACCCGCCUCAGUCAUUCUUGCCACGUUCUGUUUUUCAUGCUGACUGCGGCGUUGUUCUGCCUGUAAGUUUGCCCCCACCACCACCACAUACAUGAAUCAGUGAAGGGUGGAGUCCUGAGCCUCCACUGUGGAAGCCCUGUCCUUGUCCAUUCAUGUAUAUUUUUUACUUGAUGAUCCUUUUGAAAAGCUUUUAAACUGUGUUGGGUUCAAUCUUUGCAGGACUCACAGCAGCGUGUCGUGUACUUGCUUCAUUCCUGCGUAACGCUCUCAAAAACGGCACCGAACUUUUCAAAGAGUGCGGUGAUUCUCAUGUACAUAUAUGCUUUCGCUCUUCUACACAGCUAACAGCCAGGUUUGGUGAUCAGAAGAUUUUUAGGCAAAUGCAACAAUGUAACUUGUUUUUAUUUUAGAUGUUGAGCAUUUGUUUGUUUUUAAAAUCUUUAAUGAAUGUUAAUUGCUGGUUGAUUCAGGCUCCUGAGAAUGUCUUGUGAGUGUGACACUACAGUCUUCAAGGUUCAAAAGUUAAAAAAAUGCUUUUGCUCUUUAUUGUGUCUGUAUGUUUUUUUUUUUUUUUUAAGCUGCAGUUUUGCAUGUUGAAGGACAGAAUGUUUACUACCCAUAAAUAUCAAACAUGGCGGCGUCCAGAGAGGGCUUGCUUUCUGCUCAGUAGGGGUCUGACCUCAUCUCAUCCAGUCAGGGUUCUAGUUCUCUCUGCCCCUCCCUCUGCAGUCCACAGUGUUGAUAGGAAGCAGGAGUGUGGUUCAUGUUUUCCCCUCUAGUAGGAUGCAUGUUGUGUUUCAUUCGUGUUGAGUUGCAUGAAAACUUAGGAAUGAAUAUUUGGGAUUCGCUUAGAGAGCCAUCUGUGUGUUAGUCUGCUGCAGCAUCUGUUCAGAGCUCCAUGAACUUGCUGUCUGUAAAACUGAACAACCUGUGACCGCAACAGGACAAAACCAGACUCGUUAGUACACAGCUAACAUCGAGGAAGCUGCAGCAGGGUGGUUAGCGAUUGUUGUCUCCUCUGCAUACAUGUUGCACACCUCAGAGCUCUUGUAGAUGACUUCAGUCUGCAUGUAGGCCACAUGGUCCUAGAUUUUGCAGGUCACAGGACAGUGAUUCACCCAUACAUACUCAUGCAGGGUUGCAAGGUGCCAAAGCCCACCCCAGCUGACAUUGAUUGAAAGGCAGGUACACCCCAGUCAGCCAGUGGCGCCUUCCUUGCUGUCAUCAAAGUAGAGGAAAUGCUGGUAAAAUGAGGUCACAACAUAAACUAAAUGCCCUGAUUGCCAACAAGGAGAUGGAAUACAGCUUUACCUGAACCCCGGUGAGGUGGACAACCUUUCCCCCCAUAGUGUUGUUCACCACGUGGUUGGGACCAGCCUGCUCCAGUCCUGUUCUUGUUGUGCAGACAAGCACUGAAUCCACACUGAUUUCUGUUCAUUUACAGUAGGUUAACAAAUAGCUACAGACAGAAACAAACUUUUCCUGCAUUGUUAUCUUGUUUUAUCUUUCUUUUCACCAUGACCAUGACACUGUGAGGCAACCUCAUCAUCAACCACUGCCCCAGAAUGUAAAUCACAUGAGUCUGCGCAUCUAUGUCGAAAGUGUAAUUCGGGCCUUGUCCUGUUUUUCGACAUGGUGUGAAAGAUGAGCAUAUAAUUAGCUCGCAUCUUUUAGGCUUAAAUUCACCAAACUGAACACUUACCACUGCCACUACUCCCUUUGUCUCUUCAAAAUAAAAGCCCAUCUAGACAAGGUGUUAUAGCUUUUAUUUGUCUAUCCAUUUUCUGCCACGUAUCUAGGUCAGGGUUGCGCUGGCCUCAGACUAAGCUGGGUAGCUCCAGCUGACCUUGUCUUCUCUCGAGAAAAGUCCUCCAGCUCUUUCUGGUGGAUCCAUAGAUGUUCCCAGCACCGAUGGGAUGCAUAAUCCCUGCAGUGUAUUCUGGGUCAGUUUCUGUAUAAUUAUAGUAACUCUGUUUUACACUGAAUAAAAACUGAAAUUUCACUUUAGUUUCAGGCUGAAUUUCAAAAAAUAACGAAUCUCAAAAUCUCAAGCAGAAACUCCAGCACAGAUUUUUCACUGAAAUAUGUCCAACUCUGUGGACAAGUUUGCGAGUGCACAUGUAUUUGUGUCCACUUGCAUCUUUCCGCUGACUUCGUCAUCACGCUGCCUCUGAAAUGGCUUCAGUUGAAUGUGAAUGUGCAUUAAAAGGGGGAAUGACUACAGUGUCGAUGAGUCUGUUUUGGGUCACAGUGCAGGAAGUUCGUUUAAACAAACAGGAAGUUAAUGGAUCGUCUGUGUUUUAAACAACGCCUCUGAUAUUUACCUUGUUUGUCAGAUUUUAUGAACAGAACCUAAGUCAGCUGGGAGUGACAUCACACAGCCAGCAGCAGAGGAGGUGUUUGAUCAUCAUCAUCUCUGUCUGUGUUUAAUUUACAGAUGUUAGUGUGCUGGCCACGCUGAGGUUUAUGAGAUAAUGGGAAAUGGUAGAAUUAAAUCCAGUGUGUGUGCCUGCUGCCACUCAGUACUUCCUGCCUGCCGUUGUCCACAGAUUGCUGUCUAAAAGAAGGAGAAGUCAUCCUCCAAUCAGAAGCAGCAACGCGUCUAAUCCCCUCUUAGUCUGACUAGCAGCCAUCAACCUAUCUAUGAACUAGGACACAUUAUUGAAGUAAUGUGCUACUACUGCCAUAUUUCCAGCUUUUUGUCAUGACUACGUUCUUCCUCUCCCCUCUGAUGAGCUUUUCUAUGUAACUCAGAGCCAUAUUUUAUAGGUUGUCUGUAUUGUUUUUUAUCUCAUUGUCAUCAAGGUUUCCUUUGGACUUUCUCAUCCCAGAAUCCUCGACCCCCUCACCUACCCUGGCCCUUUACUCCAAACAUGACCAAAAAGCAAGGAGAAAAUCAUCAGUCGUCACUGCCGAACCAGGUUUAAAGGACCUCUACAAUGUUUACAUGAAAAGCAAGUGGGUGGCAGUUCGCCUGCGCUUCUCUCAUCCGACCACUUCCUUUCAUUCCCUUGCUUUCCUGAAUCUUAGAGUUACUAUUUAACUAAAUGGGGGAUCUUUCUUGCAUGGUUUUCAUAUAAAAUUAAAUGUUUUGCUCAUUUUUUACAAUUCUUCUGUAUUUUUAUAUUAAGUACUUUUUAAUAUUUUGGAGAUAUAUGAAUAUAUAUGUAUAGGCUGAAGAGUGUGGUGACAGUACAGUACAUGAAUGAGAUGACUCUACCGUGGACUAUGUCUUUAUACAGCUCUCUAAAUAUUUAUACCACGUGUGUCGUCUUGAUCACCUGAUGUUAGGGCUCUGAAACCUGCAGUGACUUGUUACUUCCUGUUGGCAGUUCAGUUGGAAUCUCAACAACCUAGUCCCAUCAGCCCCCUUUUACGAGUAUAUUCACUUUAUCUAAGAUGUUGUGACACACUACACGCUAUGUGAUUUCACAUUUAUCCAACUCCAUUAGACUUAAGCAAAUGCAACGUGAAUACAGCUAACUGUAUCAAGCAUUAAAUGGGAGUGUAUAAUUAUUUAUCCAA